AUGAGGGACCCCUCCGGGCAGCCACAGAGUCCCCCCAUUCCUGCUCUCCCAGCCCUCAGGCACUUUCCCUGCCCAGUCGCCGCCCUCCGCUUGGCGGACGCAGGCGCGCCUCCCCGCCCGGUGCUGAGGGGGCUUCUUCUCCACCCCAGAGGGCGCGCUUGCCUCGCACAGGACGGCGCGCUGGCCGGGUAAAGAAUCCUCUCUUUCCCUUCAGAAGCGGAGACCGAAGGGAAAGAGGGAAAAAAUCACCGCGCGGCUCCAGCUCAAGGUCACUCCGGGCGGCCCCAACCCAGCGACGUCAACCCCCGACGCCGAAGGGAGGCGGCCCGGCUGUCGGCCAGCGGCGCAGCGCCUCACUCCGCGCCCCCCAGCGAAGAGAAGGCGGCGCUCCUCGAGCCGCUCUGCUUGGAGGUAUUCGCCGCGCUUCUUGUGCCGCCAGCAACCUCUCUCGGGUCAAGAGGCGGAGGGGGGAAAGAGAGGCGAAGGUGGGGGAGCCUCUCCCUGGGUGUCGUGGCGGGAAUGGCGGCUGGGGCCGAGGUGCAGGAGGCGAAAGAGAGGCUCCCUUUCCCCCAGAGCGCCAAUGAGAGGCUGGAGCUUUCCCGCCUCUGGGGAGGAAAACAACAGCCCACCCGCCUUCCUCCAGGUGCAUUAGGCGAGGGCCGACGCUUUCCCCAUCCUCAGGGUAUUGCAGCUUUUCUCUCCCCCUCCCUCACAGCUUCCUGUCAUGCUACCGCACUCCUCUGGGUGGCGUUUAAGGUGGGGGGGGGGGGUUGGUACGUGCCGACCAUCACGGGGGUGGACAUGGCGUGCGUAAAAGCGCUUGUGUGUCUCGGGCUGGGCGCUUGCCCGCCAGGUGUGUCCUUGGAAAAAGGCCGCGCUUUUGACUCGUUUCAUUUCUCAGAACUGCGUUGCAGGGUGUCCUCCUCGAUCUUCACGCGAAGAAAUGGGCGCUCUUGCCCCAUGCAGUGUGGCCGCAGCUUCGUGGUAGAGCAUCUGCUGGGCUGGGAAAGUCAUGCCCUGUCUCAAACCGUAGAGAGCAGCUGCCGGUCAGUCAGUAGCGAUGGACCAUUGCUCUGCCUCUGUAUCAGGCAACUUCCUAUGUUCCUAUGCUGUCUCCUUUUUACAGGUCAUGCUCUCUGCCCUUACCUUUAAUGCUGAACCAACAACACCCAGGAGCAACCAUGUCUGUGUGUACAGGCUGCUGGCGCCAGAUCGGAUUAGUAUAUUCCCUUCCUUACCUGCUAACUGUAGUUGGAUGACACAGUAUUUAUUGUCUUACUAGCAAACUUAUUUCCCUCCUUUCACAAACACUGCACACAAUGAGUUUUGGCAUUCUUAAUGUUUUGUUAUGUGGAAAGGGGAUGCAUGCAAACUGUGUAAAAAAAGUUAGCGAUCUAAAUGGGGAAAUAUGCAUACUUGCAGAAAAGAAUAUUUCAAAGUCAUUGCUGAACUCAUUCUUCAGUAGGGGCAUGUCAACAGAUGCUUUAAGGGUGUUUUGCUCCUGUUGACUCAGCAUUAAAAAAAAGAAUAAUAUUUCAUUUAUUUCCUGCCUUUCCUGCAAGGAGCACCCACUUCUUCAUUUUAUUGGCACAACAACCUUGCAAGUUGGUUAGGCUGAGACUCAGUGACUGGCCGAAGGUCACAGCUGAGCAGAUAUUUGAACCAGGUCUCCCAAAUGCAAUUCAGUACUUUAACAAAUGUGCCUAUUUGAUUACAAAAAAAUAGCUUCAGAUUUAACUGCAGAAGUGCUUCCAGCCAUAUGUACCCUAAUCUUUACUUAUAAGUUUCAAAGGUGCACUUGUGCAUGGCUGCUUGCUAAGGCAUACUUUUAUAUGCAUCUCUGGCAGGCAACCAGUGACUCUCCUGAUGUUAUUGGACAGCAACUCCCAUCAUCCUUUGCGCUUGGCUGUGCUCGCUGGGGCUGAAAGGAGUCAAAGUCCAACAACAACUGGAAGGCUGAAGAAGAUUCACCCCUUGUCUAUGAGCUACGUGUUCCUCAUGUGUUUAUCUUUUCUUCAGUCAUUAUCAAUAAACAUCUAUAUUGAAUGAAAAAAGUCACUUGUGCGUCUGUCUGGCAGCAAUCUAUUAACAUCCAGAGCUACUCUUGAUUUUGAAUAAUGUCUAGCUUUUAAUGCUAUCAGUCUUUAGCAUAGAUAACUGCAUAUAUUGGAAGGUACGCAGUACAUGUCAUAUGCAAUCUCCUGCUUGUGUUGUAGUUGGAAGCCCAUUAUUCAUUUCUUUGUCCUUAUUUUUUGAUGGAAUGAGGAUCUCACAUCUCACUGUAUUGUUAGGAACAUAGGAAGUUGCUGUGUGCUGAGUCAGACUACCUGUCCCUCUAGCUCAGUAUUGUUUACUCUGACUGGUAGUGGCUCUCAAGGGUUUUAGGCAGGAGUCUUUCCUCCACCGUAUCGGGAGAUGCCAGGGGGUGAACCUGAGACUACUUGCAUGCACAGCAUGUGCUCUUCCACUGAACUAUGAUUCUUUCUCAAAAGGGUGUUGUGUUUUGGUUUUGGUUUACAAAGGGGCAGCAACCCUAAAGCUUCAGCAAGCUUUAACAAACUAAAAACUCCUCUUUAUAAACACACACAAGAUUAUUAUUAGUUAUCCAGUUAAAGCUCCUAAUUCAAUAAAGUUUUAGUUUCCUUAGUUUUCAGUGGGAGUCUGCGGGUGCCAGGUAUCUCGUAUUCUAACCCAGAUCCAGCUACACUUGGAUUGCUGUCCUGUACCCAAUUACUUGAGAGUAAGCCUCUUACUUCUGAAAUGUAUGGGAGCAAAGCUCACAGUUAAGUGAUGGUGAAAUCCCUUGGAGUUCUGGUCAGUCAUUACAGCUGUUGAGUUGGCUUUAAACAGGAUUUAAUCACAACUCAUUUUAGCUGAUUCUGUGUUAGUGUCUGUUAAGUGUCAGGAAAUUAAUUCAGAGGUUUCUACUGAAUCCUUUUUAUGUUUACUCCAAAGUCUCAUGGAGUUAUUCUUGAGUAAAUACACAUUGGGUUGGAGCCUCAGUGUACAUCAUGAUCUUUUCUACUGUUUUGACUUCAUAAUUCCCAUGACAUAUGACCUUAGGUUCACUAAUACUUCGAAUCCUUGUUUCCUCUCUCCUUUGCUGCAGAUCACUAUGGGUAAAUUUGGGUAGCACAUAAAUGCCAUAUCUUCAAAUUGUACAGUUGGCACAUUCUACGUUGAGACAAUGUGGGGUUGUGGGGAUGGCAAGCUUUGAUGAUUUCAUCAAAAACCAAAUAGGCAGUCUUAAUGUGUUAUGGUAGAACUUCCUUAGUUUUACAGAUUAAAGUUAAUUGAAAAUGAAACUAUAUAAAUUUUCUAGCAUAGGCGCUAGAUUUCCCGAUGUGAAACCCACAACAGAGAGUUCUUUGUGUUCAUUCUUUUGUGGUAUUGAAAGAAUUAAAAAAAUAUGCCCGACUUCCCUUUUAUAUAUACUUGUGUCUGCUAAAUUACAUUGCUACAUUAUUGGUGAGGAAAGGACACUUCCUCUAAAACAGCAAUAAAGACGUCCAUAUUUUUCUUUUAUGUAGACUUUAUAUCAUUUCAAAUUAUUUCCAUUUGUCCUAGUCUUAUGACUUUCUAUCAUGUUUUAGAAGGGAAGUAUGAAGCUUUGUUUAUGGAAGGCUUUACUCUGCUUCCAGUUUGAUGCUAUAAAUUUACCAAACGUAGAAAGAAAUCACUUCUGGGAAAACCUCCAUGCACAAGCAUCCUAUCUGUGAGUGGGGCGCUUUUCGUUGCAGUGUCUUUAGGGACUUAAAGGCCAUGCUGCCCUUUGGCACACCUGAGGAUCUGCAAUGCCAAACUAAACUGCACAGGAUGUGUAUGUUGCUUUUUCUCUCUCUGCCCACCCCGUUCUGCACACGGAUAAUCAGAGAGUUCAGGCACAUUCCUGUAUCCCAUCCUGAGCACAAUUAUUCUACACGUGUAAAACCUCUGCAAACCUCUUAGAGGUUCUAUUUACAAUUAAGUGGCAUACAAAUUCUCAUAAAUACAUAAAAGCUCAUACUCCUCUAAGUGUUCCAUUCUUUUCAGUAUCCCCACAAUAGAGACCAGGGAUGCUGUGAUGGAGUAAAAGAGCGGUCGAUGCGUUAUGAAAAUCUUACAGAGCCCCUUGCAAGGGGCUAGAUGUAAAUUCUUCACAGUGUAUAGCUUUUAGGUGUUUUAUGCAUUAUGGGCUUAAAACACAACUAAGUUGUUCUUUUUCCCAUUUGGAUCAAAGGUGGUUUGGAGAAAAUACACAUGAUCAAAGCACAGCAUUUCCUAAGAAAUUACAGGAUAGAUACAGGAAAGAUGUGAGUUAACAUUGGGUGUACACUGCUUCCUAGGCUGCAGUGGGGAUGCACUGGAUACAGAGUAGACAGGAAUGUGUACACAGCAUUAAUUACCUUACCCUACAGCAAUGUUCAUUGCCUAAUUUAUCACUUCAAGAAGCUUAUAUUAGCCUACAAGGGGCUUAUUGGACAAUUUCUCAUAUGAACACUGGACAGAUCCAGACCUGUUGAGCUGUAGUAAAGGCUUCAUACACACCAUACAUGUAAAAAAACAUUAGUUCCCGCAGGGAAUCCUGGGAACUGUAGGUUACCCCUUACAGAGCUACUACAGUGGUGCCUCGCAAGACGAAAUUAAUCCGUUCCGCGAGAGUCUUCGUCUAGCGGUUUUUUCGUCUUGCGAAGCAAGCCCAUUGACGGAUUAGCGCUAUUAGCGCUAUUAGCGGUUUAGCGGCUAUUAAAGGCUUAAAGGCUUAGGGAUUAGCUGCUAAAAGGCUAUUAAAGGCUAUUAAAGGCUUAGCAGAUUAGAUAAAGGGGGAAAGCGAAAAAAAACCUCAAGACUCGCAAGGUAUUUUCGUCUUGCGAAGCAAGCCCAUAGGGGAAUUCGUCCUGCGAAGCAACUUCAAAACGGAAAACCCUUUCGUCUAGCGGUUUUUCCGUCUUGCGAGGCAUUCGUCUUGCGGGGCACCACUGUAUUCCAAACAUCCUUAAACAAAGCACCAUGUGACUUGUUAAGCUCCACCCCACAUGUUGGUGUUCCUGGAAGGAGUCUUUUACUUGUAUCCACACAGUGGACUGGGAUAUUUUGGCUAGUCUGUGCUGUUCCCCAAUAUGUCUCUGAUAGGUGGAACCAUUUGGUUUAUAAUUCAACAUGUCUUGCAUGAUGCCAGUGUUGUCAUUUUUCUCCUUUAUUGAGGGCAGGUGCCUAGAGAGGUAAGAGCAGGGUUGAAGUUGUUGCCUUUUGAGCUGAAGCUGAUCACAUGGAAUAAACCCUCUUAUGCAAUCCAGUUAGAAUAAAGUGCUGGGGAAGAUGGGGACCUGCUAUUUCAUCCCCUCUGGAUCAUGUAUAUCAGACUGAGGAGUAAAAUCCUGGCCUGUUUUGUGCGCAAUGCGGAUUUGGGGCUAGGAAGCAAACUGCAUUUUUCUUCAUGGUCUCUCUGCAGUCCUUUAUUUCCUUACAAGGAAUCCUUGCAAUCAUAAAUACAUUUUUACAGGUGUGAAGCUUUGCAAUUUAACUUGUGACCAGCCACACAAAUGAGUUUUUGCUUUCUGCUUUAAUAGUUGCAAAUGGACUUUGGACUUCUGUCCUUCUAAGUGCAUGCAAAUCCUUGUCUCUUCCUGCCUGCCUGCCAUGGUCUUGUAUUUUUCUAUCACAUUUAUAUCCCAAGAUGCUCAAUGCUUCUUACAUGGAGUUGGCCCAUUUUAUCCCCCCACAGUACCCCUGUGACACUAGUCUAAGAAGGAUUGCAUAAAGCCUCCCGGAGCUUGUUAGCUAUUGAUAUCUGAACUCAGGUUUCCUUCAGUCAGAGUUCGGCACUCCAGCCAAACCUUCCCCCAAGCUGCUGCCUUCCAGAUGUUUAGGACACCAACUCCAGCAUGGCCAAUGAUGAGUUGAUGGGAGUUGUAGUCUAAAACAUCUGGAGGGCACCAGAUUUUAGGUAGGCUGCUGCUCUAGCCAUGCACCACAGCCUGUCGAUCUCUCUACAUUUCAGCUACCCUGAGAGUUUAUUCAAUUCUACUGAAUUAAGUUUACAACAUUUACUAGCUUCAGUGAAACAAACCUCAAGUCCCUGAUGUAGCAAGAGAGAGCCAUGUGGAUAUCUGAGCAGGGGUACUUGCAAAAGUGAGCAGCCCUGCCGCAGUACUAGCGAUAAAAACGGAUACACGUCCAUCAUUGCUUGCAGCCAACACUUUUUUCCAAUCUGAUCCCCUGAGAACCUACCUUUGGGGCUCUGGAAGGUUGUGAAGGCAUGGUAGGAGCUUACUUGUACUAGUGUAAACAACAGAGAGCCCUUCACUGCAAAUUGCAUACUGACCCAGGGACCUCCAAGUGAGAGAUGCUGAGGAACUACACAUAGAGGGUUGAGAGACACUGUGUUGCUCAAGACACACACAUUAUUAUUUUUACUUCCUUCGGGUUCAAACUCUGGACAUGAGCUCUCUUUCUCUAGUGAGUCACCGCCCCCUUGCUUAUCUGUGUGAGGUGCCUUGUCUUUGCAGCCUAUGCUUGAGGUUCCUGGUAGUUAUUUGCAUCUGUAAAAGAUAUGAGAAGACUAGCCUUCUUCAUCAUUUGUUGUUUGUGCAAAGUGUGCUCCUUCACCACAGUUCCUAAUAGGGAACAAUUCCCACUUGUUGUGUUCCAAACUCUCCAGCCACGGAGGCAGAAGGCUAUGGCCCUAUGCCACAAAUGUUGAUGUAUGUGAACUAUAUUCUAGUUUAUGUACUCCUGGGGUUAAUGCCACAACUGGUUGCAGAGUUGGUCAGACUCUCCUGCCAUCCGUUGUAUGUGGUGGGGAGAUGGUAACAGAGAGGGGAAAGGUGGGGCUCGCAUCUUGAGCUUUACCCUGACUUCAGUGAAAGUAUUUUCAGAUUGAGCUGCCUCUUAUUCUGAUGUAACAUGGCAUUCUCAUAGGCAAGACCACCCCCUGAGCAAGCAGAGGAUUCAGCUAACUUCCUCUUCCCCCAUGUCAUAUCCCCAACUCUGCCCGGGAGCAAUCCUUUUCCCACCCAGCAGGUGUAAAUAAGGGACAGACUCAAUAUGUGAAUUAUCUGUCGUUGCCCUUGGCUUAAUAAUCAUAGUCCUCUUUUCGUUUUCGUUCUCAGGCCUACUGAAGUGGUAAUGUCAUUCUGAUCUCCAUAGAAGAAAACUUGUUAUUCCUUGGUUUGAAGAGGGAUUUAAAAAUAAUAAUAAUAAUGUAUCCAGUUCCUGGUUCCAUGCAUGAAGGAGAUAAUGGACAUCCUAGGAAACUUAUCUCUUUCCUUUUCGUUUUUGGCAUUACGUUGUUAUGUGCUGGAUUUCUGCUUUCGAUGUUUGUGUUGCAGACGUGCCCGAGUGGUGCCUUUGGUGACUGUAAAGGAGCCCUCAAAAUCAUUGGGCCUCUGCUUGCUGUUACUGGACUAGUUUGUAUAAUUCUGGCACAAUCGAGAGCUAAAGGCUACCUCAGAGAGGUGCAAUUGCAAGAUGACCAGGUGUACGGGUUUGUUUUUUGUCGAGGAAACUGCCAGUUUGCUCAGUUCCUUGUCUUUGGUUUUUUAUUUUUAACUAGUGGGAUGCUAAUCAGCGUCCUUGGCAUUUGGAUUCCGGGAUGUAGCCCAGGUUGGCGCUACCAGCAGUUUAACCAUAGCAAUACAUCUAAUGUUGAACUCCAGGAUUGUGGAUUUCAUUCUGUUCAGACCAUGGGACCUUUGAUUGUGCUCAUUGGAUUGUGUUUCUUUGUGAUAGCUCACAUUAAAAAGAAACAAAACAUAAAUUUCGUCCAGGAGUCUUCUGUCAAUGAAGAAGAACAGCUGGAUCCUGAAUCAUUUCAAGUUACAGUGGGUAAGUGAAUGGCACAGCCAAGAAGUCUUCCAAGUGGGCAGUCCCUAGAUGCCAGCAACAGGAGACACUUGCAAGGACGCCCCAUUCCUCCCCAGCACUUGAGGGGUGGAUUAGGAGGGGAGGGAAGAAUUUUGGAAUUGGAAUGUGGGAAUGGUAGAAGAAGAAGUCAGGGUGGGUAAGAAGAUAAACUCCAGAAUCUGCCACUGAAAGUAUAGUUGCAAGGACUGCUUUUGAAGUACAGUACACUCCUCAGAACAGUGGUGAAAUUAAUGAGAGAACUGGAUUCUAUUUUACAAAGUAUAAUAGCAAUACUACUUCACAUUGUGUUGAGAGCACUUUUCUCAAUAGCCCCUACAACAGUAUUUUAGACCUUCCAGUUUAUGGCGUUACACCAUUUGUGUGUCUAGACGAAUGCAGAUCUUAAAGCUUUAAUCUCCAAGCAUUUUCAAAAUAUUUUAAGUUGCCCUGUGAUCCUUUGAUGAAGGGCAGUGUGGAAAUUUAAUAAAUAAUAAUAUUCUGCGUGCUAAUAAAAGUGCAAUUGUUUUCCAACAAAGUGUAGUAGGGAAAGACUGAUAAGAGUUUAAUCAAAUAAUUUGAAGAUGCCCUAAUGCCUGGGAGCGAUGAUUCUUAAUGAAGUGCACAUCACAAGUAGGGGUAUCUUGCAUGUUGCUCCAAAGAGAACUGCAGAUAAAUUUGACCUUAAAAGUUUUGGAUUUUUCUUUUGUAGGUGAUACUGUAAUGGUAUUCCCACCACCGCCACCACCUUAUUUCGCUGACUGUCCGCUGCAAACAAUAACUCCUAGCGUGGUAACAAGUGAUUUGCCUUUAAGUGAAAAUCCUCCACCGUACCACAGCACUUUUAUUAAUUGGUAAGAUCAUUUGUACUUUUAAAUUUGAGCAUUUUGAGCAUUUUGCACAUGGGCUAAUGCAGAGGUUGCAAAAGUGGGCACCAGUGGGCAUAUCAGUACCUCAGGUGGCACCCACAAAAGGUCCCAGCAAAAAUCUUUUCAGAAGUCAACAAUACAUGAGACACUGUUUGCUGCUCCUGCUCAGUUCCUGUUUGCUGCAUUGGCAGUGUCCCUGCCAACAUUGGGCAGGCUCUCUUAACAAGGCCCAUAUUUCACUGGAUGCCAGGAUUGGACAUCCACCCUUACAGUGGUGCCCCGCAAGACGAAUGCCUCGCAAGACGGAAAACUCGCUAGACGAAAGAGUUUUCCGUUUUGGAGGUGCCUCGCAAAACGAAUCUGCUAUGGGCUUGCUUCGCAAGACGAAAAUGUCUUGCGAGUUCCUGGGUUUUUUUUCCCCUCUUCCCCCUCUUUUUCUAAGUCGCUAAGCCGCUUAUCUGCUUAUCCGAUAAGCUGAUAAGCUGCUAAAAGCCUCUAAAAGCUGCUAAAAGCCGCUAAUAGCGCUAAUAGCGCUAAUCCGCUAAUCCCGUCAAUGGGCUUGCUUCGCAAGACGAAAAAACCGCUAGACGAAGAGACUCCCAGAACGGAUUCUUUUCGUCUUGCGAGGCACCACUGUAUUUUCAUUCUGAAUAGAAGGAAGGUACAAAGAGGUUCUCACAGUGAGCAAGCACAGCAUUGGCUUAUGUAGCUAUUUCCCCCCUCUUGGGGUUGGAGGAAUUCCUACUCCGUUUUGAGGUCUUGGCUCUUUCUCUGGUCUUUUAAACGUGGCGGCCAUUUUUAGUUGUGCCACACACCCCACAAUGCCCACUAGUCAAAGAAGAUUGGCACAUCCAUUACCAGAGAAGAUUGGUAAUGGAUGUGCUUAAAACUGGACUUUACAUGGAAGACCAACAAUUGCCUCUCCAAAUACCUUCUUCCCUUAUUUUUUGUUUAGAUUAGAAAGCAGCCAUGAGGGGUGGGGGACGCAGGAGAGAAGAUUGGGUGGGUACACAGUGAUGUUGCUUGGGUUUGCCUUUUCAUGCCGGCAGGCCUAUUCAGUUGUGUAAACCUUUUAAAGAGGAGCCAGUCAUUUCUAUGAUUUUGUAUUUUUUAAUUAUACUUUAUGUUUUAUUCACCUACAUAGUUUGCUGUAUACCACCUGAUAUUUUAUAUGAGAGGGCGGCCUAUAAAUAUUUUAAUUAAUAAAUAAGCAGAUUCUUGGUUUUCCCAGCACCUGGGUGCAAGACCCUACUGCUAUGCUGCUGUGAGCAUCCUGGAAGAAUAUAAAUGUUAUAAACAAGUUAAACAAGUCACAGGCAUUCCAUCUGAAUGUACACUUCACAUUACAUCAUUUCCAUCAUUAUAUUUCAGAGCCUUUGUCCUAUUUUUUCUGAAUCAACCAGAAAUGAAUUCAAGAAGCCUUUGCAUCCCAUGGCAUGAUUGGGGCCUCUUCUUACUUGACAAAUAAGAUCUUUCACAGGUGCUGCUGUUGCGUACUGAUUUGCAUGCACCAUGGCAUGGGAAGGGUGUGCCUGUGUCCUUUUUCAUUGUACUAUAACAAUGAAUAGGCAUGAUUGGCUUCCUGUCAGAAGUUCGCACUUCUACAUUGACCAUGGGCGAUGAUAUAUAUGAAGCAAUUCGUCAUGUGCAAAGUACUAUUUGGCCUCUACCAGUUAGAAUUAAACUGGCUGUAUCCAUGCCAGAUGUAAUUUUACCACUUUGGUGAAUAGAACAUUAUCAUCAUUGCUUUUAGGCAUCUUGGGUACUAUAUGUAGAAAGGCGAGGUAUAAAUUGAAAUAACAAAUACAGAGAGAUUAAACAUGCCAACAUAUGUACCCUUUCGUUAUUUCUUUGCAGAGCACAGAAUGCUGAUGCAUCAAACCUGGUUGCUUGAAGAGAGAAUGAGCUACUCUAUACAAUGUCAGGAUGUGAUUCACCUUCUGAGAACUUAA